AGGCUCGGCGAUCGAAUAUCACGAUAACCCUUAUUGUUCCCGAACUCUCAAUUCAAGAAAAUUGGUUUUAAAGAAUUACUACGAUAAUAUGAAGAUAUCAACUAUUGCGAGUAUCUUAGUGUGGGCGGGCUUCAUCGCAAAAGUUGAAGGAUACCUUCAGCCAAUGUACUUUGGCAGCGAUGCAUGCCAGAUCAGUUACAAUCAUCGAAUGCGGUGCGGUACUCAACAUAUGAGCCGGCAUAUUUGUGAAGCAAUGGGUUGCUGCUAUCAGUAUACAAUCUAUGGAAGCUGGUGCUACUAUUCCAAGCUCAGUUAUACGUUCUUCCCUCCAAGUCAAGGUUCGAACAGAGUGAAUUCUUUGCCAAGUACAAUACGAACCACUCGAGCGACAACUACCACAACAACAACACCAGUAACAACAACAACAACGCCCCCAACAACGACAGUACAAACAACGAUUCCAAUAUCAGCAGCAUUAAAUGAAAAUGAAGUGCGGAAACAAUCAAAGCCGAAUGCAGACCUGUUGGAGUUGCUUUCAAGACUAGCAGCAAUGCACCGUGCAGCUCAGAGCAAAGAAGAAGCUCCAACGAGGCCCAGAGCACAAAGCGUAAAUACCACUGAACCAAUUGAAGCAUAUGCAUCUGGAGUAGUUUCCAGCAACCCAGUUUCCAGGGGUGCAAUACCCCAAAAUGAAUCAGAGACUUCUACUUGCUUAUUCAAUCCGGAAGAGAGAGAUGACUGUGGCUUUCCAGGAAUCACUAAAGUAAGAUGCGAAUCUAUGGGCUGCUGCUGGAACAGUACCUUAGAUGGGGUAUACUGGUGUUUUUUCUCUGUCCUAGUAUCCGAAGAACUUGUACCCCCACCCCUUGUAAACAAUACAUCUUUGGAUCUAGAUGCAGACAGUCCAUCAUGGAGAAACAACCUAAACAUGGACUACAGUGAAGAGGAAUUGAUCGAACCACCACUUCCUCCCAACAUAGAUGACGAUGACAACUUUCUUGCGCUGGUGGCACAAGAGAUUUCAGGAGAGGAACCGCCAGAUGUAGUGGAGGACAACAAUUCAACUGUUUCAACAUACAAUUUAACAAUCAAUGGUUACAACAACGCAACUAAUACUUCCGUUUCUCCAUUAACUGUGUUUCCUGCCGUAUUAUCAGUAUUGAACACAACAACACGAACCUUAGUCAGAACAGGAACUCCAACAACACAAUCUACAACACAGACAAGCACAACUUUAAGUGAACCACCAUGGCUUCAACAACUUUUAAGCAAUCAUGAGCCAACAGCUACAACUACAACAACUGCACCGGUUACAACCACGUCAACAACAACAACUGAGGAGGAUUUGCCACCUUAUACUGACCCCAUUGUACAUGCAGUCUCCCCACAAGUCAACACUGUGCCUGCUCCAACUGCUGGUUUAAGUGAAAUAGCAGCACUGUUGAAAAUCCUACAGGGUAUGGAGCGACAAACACCACAGCAAGCCUCACAUGAAUGCAGAGUUGAUGCUCAAGAUGAAUGCUGCCGAAAUGAUCCAACUGCUCCGUGCUGUGAGUAUCAAACUCAUCGUGACCUUGCACACAGAGCUGCACCAAUGGCCCGUAUAGUGGGUGGCGGGCCCGCUGGAUUGCUACGAUUCUCGGUGGCAUACUUAUCUAAAAAUUCCCUUUCAACGCAGUUCUGUGGGGGAACAUGGAUUGAUAAUCAGUGGGUGUUAACAGCAGCACACUGUGUGUUAGAUUAUUGCAGCAGAGCAAGGCCAGUAUCCGAACUCAUGGUAAGCCUUGGUAAAUACCGCAAACUAUCUUUUCAACGUGAUGUUGGACAAUUAGAUUUGCGAGUGAUCGAUGUUAUUUGUCAUCCAACAAAUUGUAAAACAGCUGGCCAACCAAGAUUAAAUGAUCUUGCCCUGUUACGACUUGAAAGACCUGUACAGACCAACAGUUAUUAUACACCUGCACCAAUGCCACUAUCUUUUGAGGCUCCAGCACCACAGGGAAACUGCAUUGUCCUUGGAUGGGGAUCAACACAAGGUACUGGUCAUGAUAAUGUAUUGAAAGAAGUGUCCGUUCCACUUGUAACCAAUGAGCAAUGCAACAGAAGGGAUUGGCGGAAUUGUGUUAUCAGAGCAUGUAUGAUGUGUGCUGGUGAACUCAGUAACGAUCCGUGCGAUGGUGACUCAGGCGGACCGUUAUUUUGUCAGCGACCAAAUGGCCUGUACGUUCUGCACGGAAUCUAUAGUUGGGGACGAUGCGGGGCUGAAGAACGAAAACCUGCAGUUUACACAAGGGCAUCCUACUUUAUAGAUUGGAUAAACAGGGUAAUAAACACAUUUGGGGGGAGGUAGCGAUGGGUUUAGAAAGAACAACAUUUAACGACACUGUGAAGUGACAGCCGAAGUCUAUAGUCGAUAAAUUGUGUAUUAGUCGUAUUAAACUGCAAACAAAUAAAACUGUUAGGUGUUUUGAAACUUUACGAGUCCUGAUAACAUCAAAUGUAUAUGAGUAAUACCUUGUGUUCUUGUGUUGUCGUUCUUUCGUGAGUGUUUUACAUUUUAUUAUUAUAUAGUCUCUUAUUAGUACUUAUACUUUCAUUUUUUCUUUGUAAAUCUUUACACAAGAAAGUAUGUAAAAUAUUUUAUCGUUUGUAAAAUACACUACAAAAUAAUAAAAUACAAGUAAAACAGCAAAAGUAUAUAAGUGCACGAAGAUAAUUAGAGAUAUUUCCUGUAUACUCUUAAUCAUACACGGUUAGAUAGUUAUACUUUUAAAUAUGAAUAUGAAUGGUGUAGACAUGCACAUUCGAAUGUUUUAAUUAGAUUGCUAAACCGCAUUGUGUAUUUAUUGUUA